UUGGCGAUUUGGCGUACUUCCAGUUGUUUAUUUUGAAAGAAGCUGGGCUGUGUAGUAAGUGAAGUUAUUGAACAUUUAUAAGGCAUGACACAUUGUUGGGAUGGCAAAUAACUAUCGCAAAUUUCUAAAGCUAUUAGAAAGCUGGCCUGUGGACCCAUCUAAAACUGAGCGUGACAUUGGAUUUCAUCUUAGAGAAAGAGUAAAAAAGGCAUUUACUGCUGGAGAAUUAUUUCAAGGAGAUGAAGAAAAGUGUGCCAGAGAGCACGCAAGCUUGAAAAGACUAGCUGAUAAUGUAUAUGGGAAGUUAUACAAACGAACAAUUUCAUCUUCUGCCACUGGAUUGACUGCAGAACAGUGCAACUCUGUGUUGUCAAGUGAAUUUCUUGACUUGUUACAAAAAGAAAAUCGUAGUAUCUUCUCAAGACUAUUUAGGGGAAAGUGA